CGUUUUUUAAAACGAACUAACUUAUUGUGUUUUUUUAUUUAAAUUAUAUUGUCAUCUGUUUGUAACGCGAAAGUAAUUGAAGAAUUUGAGUAAUAAAUCAAAAAUGUCGCAGGAAGGUUCAAUAUUUGACAUGGCCUACAAGGGUAAAUUCACAGCUGUCAAGAAUCUUAUCGAAGAAAAUAAAAAACUGAUAACAGAAACUGACAGCAGUGGAAGAAUGUUAAUUCAUUGGGCUGCACUCGGAGGACACAAUGACCUAGUGAAGCAUCUUCUGUCAGCCGGUUCACCAGUUGACCCCCAGGACGAUACAAAUAUGACUCCACUGAUACUGGCAUCUUCAGCAGGACGUGAUAAAGUCGUAAACACAUUGAUAGCAGAAGGCGCCAAUGUAAAUGCGCAAACAACAGAAGGGCACUCAGCAUUACAAUACGCAGCGAGCAAAAAUUGGCAAAAUAUUUGUGUCAAACUCGUUGAAAAUUCAGCUGAUAUAAAUAUAUCUGAUAAAAGAGGCGCGACUCCACUUCAUCGCGCAGCAUCCAAAGGAAAUAUUGAAGUAUUAAAGUUUUUAUUGGCCCAGGAAGGUCUAAAGAUCGAUCAGCAAGACAUGUAUGGGAACACUGCGUUACACUUAGCCUGCGAAGAAGACCGUCAACAAGAAGCUAAACUUCUCGUAACACAUGGCGCGAAUUUUGAAUUGACAAACAAAGAGCGCAAAACUCCAUUGGAUCUUGCUAGUGAUUCACUUAGUCGUCAAUUGACUAAAAUGCGCGAACCAUCUGAAUAAAAUAAAGAUAAUUAUAUUCUUACUAAUUAAUUUAACAAUCUUGAUAUUUUUAUAAAAAAAUAUAACAGUGGAGUAAAAUUAAUUGAACAAAUCUAA